CCCCCCUAUAAUGAUGACAAUGAUUCCCCUAUCGAACAUGUUUGUAGCUCGUUCGGUUAGUGGGAGGCGGUUGGCUAGCUUUCGCAUGCCUUUGGCCUUCCACCCAGAGAUCGCUCACUCUUCGCUGGUUUUUGUGGACGAAGUGCGGCGCUUUAUCCAGGAUUGCCUCAGUCGUGUGGGUGUGCCGUCUAUUAAAUUGCGUUGCAUCAGUGAUUUUCUGGUGGCUGCCGAUUAUCGCGGAAUUUACGGCAGUGGACUGAAUCGUCUGGAGAUAUAUUUGAAUGAUCUGCAUCAUCGUUACGUCAGGAUUGAUGCCGAUCCGGUGGUAAUCAGCGAGACUCCCGUCGUGGCUCAUGUUAGUGGCAAUGGCGCGUUGGGAGUGAUUGUGGGGAACUUUUGCAUGGAUCUGGCGGUGGAAAAGGCCCGCCGCAGUGGCCUGGGAUUGGUCGUGGCGAAGCAAUCACAACACUUUGGAAUGGCUGCUUGGUAUGCCUUUCGGGCCAUGAGCAAUGGUUUCGCUGGACUGGUGCUUUCCAAUGCCGCUCCCUUAAUGGUGCCACCGGGAUCACAGGAAUCGGUAAUGGGAGCUAAUUGUUUGGCGUUUGGCGUCAAGGGCAAAAAUACCCACUUUAUGCUCGACAUGGCCACUAGUGCCAAGGACAUUGGCUCCAUUGAGUGGGCUUUUAUGAAGAACGAUUAUAUUCCCCACAACUGGGCAGCGGAUGAAUGCGGCGUCUCCACUUGUUUUCCCAGUUUAGCGCUCUCUGCUCAGCGCCUGUUCCCCGCUGGUGACCACAAAGGCUUCUGUUUGGCGGCACUGAUUGAUGUGUUGUGUGGCGUCAUGUCGGGUUCGAAUUAUGCCACUCGCAUUCCCCGUUGGAAUGUUGAGUGCCAGCAGGGGAAUCCCAAUUUGGGUCAAAUCUUUUUGGCCCUUGAUCCUUGUUACUUCAUUCCUGAUUUUAUGGAGCGACUGGAUGACUUUAAUAGCCGCAUCAAAAAUAGUCGCCCCAAGGAUAAGAUGCAUCCAAUUAGACUACCUGGCGAGUUGGAGAAACUUCACAUGGAUUAUGUGGAUGAUCUGCGGGCGCUUCCGUAUCCUAAUAUUCUGUUGGCCAAAUAUAAGGUUAUUGCCGAUAUGCUGUGUGUAAAGCCCAUUCAGUUGGCCUUCGGCUCCUGCCCUGCCAGGAAGAAGUGUUUCACUUAAGUUCCUGCAGCAUUAAGAAAAACAGGCAGAAUGGGCGAUGUCACAAGAAUCGUUACGAAAUAAAUUUAACAUCCUUUGGCAAGGCGGAUUAGCGAUUUCUGUGACACCCGAUUCCGCUUAUAUGAUGCAGCGCCAUCCGUUAAUGAAAUAAUAAAAAACCAUUAUAUGGGAACUGGGAA